UAUUUUUUUAUAAAAUAUAAUUCUUAUAUGGCGUGGGUUUCUAGUUAGACUGUAUAUAUAUUAUUACGUCUACGAAGUACAUGUUACAUCACAAAGGAAGUACAUUGCAAUCAACUUCGAUACUGAUAAGCCAGAAAGAAAAUAAUGGAGGGACAAAGGCGCGUUUGCAUUUUGGAAAGAGGAGCAAACGGGUUCGGUUUUGUCCUCUGCUGUGAGAACGAUACAACGGAUACUUAUGUUCUGCAUGUUUUGGACGAUUCGCCGGCUUCAAAGGCCCACCUGCGCCCAGGAGAUAAAAUAAUCGAGAUAAAUGAAAUCAACGUCGAGAAUGAGUGCCAUACAAACGUCGUCAAAUUACUGCAAGGUCUAAAAAGCGUUCGCCUUGUGGUGAAAUUUUGUCAAGAAGCGAGCGAGUAUUUUCUUAAGCCAGAUAACGGAAUGACAGUAAAGCCACUCGAGUCAAGAUCAAGUGAUACACUCAGACCGAAACUCGUACGAAUUAAGAGAGGAGCGACGGGAUACGACUUUGUGGUGAAAACAGUCGGAAAAUCUCCCAGAGUUUGUGCAGGAAAAUACAGACAGACCCUGAAAGGUGUAACCGGACACUUUGUCGACAGCGCAGAUAAAGGAGGGAGAGCCUACGAAGCCGGACUCAGGGCUGGUGAUAGAAUCGUUGAAAUUAACAAAGUCAAUGUUGAAAAGGAAUCUCACACUUCUGUCAUUAAUCUGAUCCGAACCUCACCAGACAGACUGAUCGAACUUCUCGUCGUUGACAAAGAAACGGAUGAAUUUUUUCGGCAUCAUUGUGUUUCCCCCUCCUCAAGACAUUUGCAUGGCGAAUUGAAUUUCACUGAAAUCAUUGACAAAUCUAACUACGAUAUCUCGGACAGUGACUUUACUCCGCCAGUCUCUCCAUACAGUUCCAGUUUGGUAUCGACAACAUCAACGCCAACUUCUGAGCGAUCACCACGGAUUAACCCUUUACUUGCAAAUCUUGAAACAGUACGACCACAUCGAAUGAACCCUCUGCUCUCCCACCUGGACAGGCAGCCAAAGAGUUUGUCUACAAUGGAUCUAUCAACACGGAUCCCAUCUACACUAGACAGGGUUCCUAGAAUGCAGUCCAGCGUUUCGACGAUGGAUAUUUCCCGAAGGCCUCAGCAUAACAUGAGAACUCUUGAUGCGUUCACGAGAAAGACUGAAGAACUCAUACAAGAGCUGAGAAUUCACAAUGAGGAAAUUAAUGAGCUAAGGUCGUCACUCAGUUAUUCGAAAAGCUAUGUUGAGCCAUCUCUCCGGGACAAGUAUCUCAAUCUUGGUACAAACUCAAGAGACACAGGUUCGAAUCCCGGCUCGCCACAGUUCAUGAGAAAUUACGGGAACAGAAGUACAACCUCAUCAAGCGAUGACGAUCACUCAUUCACCUACAACAACAACAAUCUCCACCACGUUCCGUACUCAACAUACAAGCGCCCUCCGGUGAGAGAUCUCUCAGAAGUUGGGUACAAUGUAGACCUCAGCACUCUGAAAGAACACGCUCGUCGGCAAGUCGGAAAGAAUAAAAACGUUUACCGCGACAAAGUUGGGUUUGAUAACUAUUGGGCGGCGCACAGAGCCGUUAAUAAUAUGUGAAGCGGGUGUGGGCGGAGUCAAAGAAUGGAAGUCCGGAUCCGGGUGCUUCUUUACUACGUUAUAAAGUAUUUUCUAUAUUUUUUCCGCCUCGAUCGAGGCUGGGGGGUCAAAGUUUGCCAUGUUUUUAUUGAUAUCGCAGUCAGUAUCACAUUUCCAAGCAUUGUCGGAACUGGAAUCGAAUUUUGAAAUUCUCCGAAAUUAGAAGUUGAAAUUUUAACAUCCAUGCAAUACUCAAAGUCAAAAUCCCCAGAAACUCAAGAAACAUCAAAUUUUCAUAAUGUACUUGAGAAGGGCUCGCAUGUGCCAAGGUUUCUGUUAUCAAAAUUCCAUUUUCUCACAGGUAAAAUCUGAAGUUGUAGUCGCAAUCUCUGUAAAUUCAAUAAAGAGACUGGUGUGCACCUAAGUUUUUGUUACUAUUUGGCUUGUAUACGCUUCAGUCCAGUUUAUGUUAUCAAAAUUCCAUUUUCUUACAGUUGAAAUCUGGACAUUUCUACAUUGCCUCCUUUGCCUAUUUUGGAACUCUUAGUUCCUCCCUCGGUAUGUGGAAAACUGUUUUACAAUUAUUUGCCAGCGAUAAGUGUAUUUCCCACUCUGGUUUUUGUACAGUUUGAACUUGCGGAUAAAUACGCAUCGCAAGGAUAAUAGUAAUAAAAUUAGUAUUGCAACACAUAAAAAAGUGAAAUAUUUUUUAUUCAGGGGGAAUCCCCCUUCCCGUCGGUUGGGAAACCCUGCCCUAAAUAUUCUCCCCAGCAGCCAACGAUCCGAUUGUGUAUAAAACUAAUAUUCUUUCGUCAACAUGUUCACAUUGUAUCAAAGUAUUUUAUUGGAUAUAAAUUGUACAUAUGGACCUUUUUGCUGAAGUGUUAUUGUUGGACAAAUCGCUUUUCUAUCCAACCAAUGGAUAUUUUAUUUCAAAUUUUCAUUAUUUGUUUAUGAAAUGAGCUUUCUCAAAUUUUUUAUUUUUGCAAAUUUUCUCCGAGUACUACAGAACUCUGCAUUUUACCCAAAAUUUUUCUGUUUUAUAUCACUUCUUGGAAAUAUUGUUACGACUUUAUUUAGUCUCAUUGUCCGCAGAUGUUUUCAGAUAACCAGGUGAUUCCAGCCCAGGCUCCAUCGGUACCGCUGCAAGACUUUUGUGCUAAUAUAUUGAAGUAUUGUUCUUUUUCACCAAAAUUUUUGCGGUUAUAUUUUAUUUAAUGGAAACACUCUUUAUGACGUAUGGAAACACUUUAUUUCCUCACGAUAUUCCAGUAAUAUUUUCAACAAACUCUGCGCAUCAAGACAGGGUCCCCCAAACUGGUAAUCACGACCCCGCAGGGGGGCGCGCAAUAAAAUUUGAUCAGUCGCAAGGAGUACAUCAAUUUUAUACAAAGUCUAUUCUACUUUUUUAGACUUUUGAUUUGAAACACAAUUCAUUAUUAAAAUUAAUGUAAAACCUAAAUCUCACGAUUUCAAGAGAUAUAUAGCUUAUAUAUAUUUUGGCUUGGUUGUUUGUUGGACACCAAUUUUACACAAUAUCUAUUGUACUUUUGUAGACUUCUGAUUCGAGACGCAAAUAUUGAAACUAGUGCAAAACAUAAAUCUCACUCUUUAGAGAGUGUACACUAUAUUAGAGAAGCUGACCUAACAGGGGUCACAGAAAACUGUAAUAUAUUGAAAGGGUAGCGAACGUAAAAGUUUGGGAAUCUCUGCUCUAAGACAUUACCGUACCGGUACCGAUGCGCAAAUCUUCGUGUUCAUAUAUUUCAGCAUUGAUCUCUUGUUUUUUUCUGUAUUUCCUUUUUGUAAAAGUACAAAAGGUGUCAAACGUGGUGAUUUUAUUUUGUACAAAUUGUACAAAGUGUUUUAAUUCUUUUAGAGAUGAAACUACCAGAUGAUAUAUUGUUAUUAUCUUUAAUGGAAGAUAUAGUAAGGAAUUCCUAAGUGCAUUUUGUUUCAAUGGAACUUUUUAUGACAAUAUAUGAGGUGUCUCAAAGAUGUGGUGUCACAUUUACCCAC